CGCAUGCGCAGUCCAUUGUUAUGAUGCGAACUUGACCAACAUGUCUGCCUCCAUGGUACGAGCGACCGUCCGAGCGGUCACUAAAAGAAAGAUACUUCCCACUAGAGCUGCACUCACUUUGACACCAUCUGCAGUGAACAAGAUCCGAUGUUUUUUGCAGGACAAGCCUGAAUAUAUUGGCUUGAAAGUUGGAGUGAGAACGCGUGGCUGCAACGGGCUGACGUAUACGCUGGACUACGCUAAACAGAAGGAAAGUUGUGAUGAGGAGGUGCAGCAGGAUGGCGUGAGGGUGUUCAUUGCGAAGAAAGCCCAGCUGACUCUCCUGGGAACCGAGAUGGACUUUGUGGAGUCCAAGUUGUCAAGCGAAUUUGUCUUCAACAAUCCCAACAUCAAGGGCAUGUGUGGCUGCGGAGAGAGCUUCAGCAUCUGAGCCCGGCCCACCUCCCCAAACAAUGUCCUGUUAAAAAAAAAAAAAGAAAAAAGACUCCGCAUGGACCAUGGAGCCAGUCUUUUUUCACCACUGCAGACUCCACACACUAAGACACACGCUUGUGAAGCCACAGUGUAAUGCACCGUAUGUUAAUAACAGCACUUGGUAUGAUUUUUGUCCUACUUCUGAUGUGUCUUUUUAUUUUGGACUUUGCAUCCCCAACCUUGUAGGGACCUCGCUGAGUGUUUUUUCCCCCCCUCCAUUUUCAUAGCAGCCUACUGUUUUACCGAUACGCACAUUAUUUGUCAUUGUCAUAUGAAGAGGAUGCAGCGUGUAAUUGUUUGUGAAAAAAUCCAAAACUGAACAGAAGUGUCUUGAAAAUUUGCUUUAUCGCUUUGUAUAGUCUUUUGAAAACAACAAAGCAUAUUUAUCUCUGUGUAAAUAUAAAGAGUGUGAAUGAACCAAGAACCACGUAAGCGCACAAUAAAGCAAUGUAAAAACC